GUGUGUGUGUGUGUGUGUGUGUGUGUGUGUGUGUGUGUGUGGGGUGUGUAUGGUGUGUAUGGUGUGGUGUGGUGUGUGUGUAUGGUGUGUGUGUGGUGUGUGUGGUGUAUGUGGUGUGUGUGUGGUGUGUGUGUGUGUGUGUGGUGUGUAUGGUGUGUGUGUGGUGUGGUGUGUGUGUGUGGUGUGUAUGGUGUGUAUGGUGUGGUGUGGUGUGUGUGUAUGGUGUGUGUGUGUGUGUGUGUGUGGUGUUAUGUGGUGUGUGUAUGGUGUGUGAGUAUGGUAUGUGUGUAUGGUGUGUGUGUAUGUGUGUGUGGUGUGUAUGUGUAUGGUGUGUGUGUAUGUGUGUUUGUGUGGUGUGUAUGUGUAUGGUGUGUGUGUAUGUGUGUGGUGUAUGUGUGUAUGGUGUGUGUGGUGGUGUGUGUGUGGUGUGUAUGUGUAUGGUGUGUGUGUAUGUGUGUGGUGUGUGUGUGGUGUGUGUGUGUGUGUGUGUGUGUGUGGUGUGUGUGGUGUGUGUGUGUGUGUGUGUGUGUGUGUGUGUGUGUGUGUGUGUGUGCUGGAUGUGAGGAACAUUUGCAUGCCACAGCAUGUGUAGAGAGAUCAGUUCUUUCCCUUACCAGUUGAGAUGGGUCCUCUCCUCAUAUUUUUGCUGCUGCACUGUGUACUCCAGGGUGGCUGACCUGAGAGCUUCUGGCAUAUUCCAGGAACUCAAAUGACAAAUUUGGGUUGUUGGGCUUUUGAAGCUAAUGCUUUGGCCCCUCAGCCAUCUCUCCUGAAGUCCCAUUUGAUGCAGUUUUUGCACAGCUUAGAUUUGCAAGAAUUUUUCCAAAGGAACUGUUUGACCUCUUUAAAAUCACAUCAAGGUAUUUUUAGAGAAAAUGGCAUUUUAACAUUAGACAUUCAUUCUCCUGUGCUGUAGACUUAGGUACAGAUUUGACUUGGUAGAAACUGACAUUUGUUGCCCUUCCUUUACCAUCAGUGAUAGAGAAUUAUUAUUGAUUUUUAGCUGUUUAUUUCCGGUAUGCCAGUGUUUUGCCUGUAUGUGCACACGUGUGUGCCUGCUGCACACAGCAGUCAGAAGAGGAUCUCAUCCCUCAGAACUGGGUUUAUAGGGACUUGUGAGCUGCCAUGUGGGAGCUGGGAAUGAACUUCAGUCUGGUCGACCGGCCAGUGCUCUUAGUGCUGAGGCAGCUCCCACCCUAGUACUAGAGAUUGAGAACAACGGCAGCACCAGAGGCCGUCUUCUACUGCGUCUUGAUGUGGUUCUGCAUCACCACACAGGGAAUGUUAAACCUUUGCUAACCACCAUCGUUGAUCUCAGAGCUGGGUGGCGCUGCAGUGGGAGUCUCACUGGAAGGCCUCACACACUGUGGUGCAGUUGUCAAGCUUCUCUAAGUCAAGAAGAUACAGCUGACAGCUAAGAAGCAGGGACACUGGUCACAAAAUAUAGGCUUUGUUUAUAAGAUAGUGUGUCUAGAUUUGGAAGACAGCAGGCCGAGGGCCAAUUCUCAACACAUGAGCCUUUCGUGGGUGUUUUCCCUCUGAGCCUGAGUAAGCCUGGAGGACUUCGAGAGCACUUGGGAGCACCACUAAUUUCAGGAGGAAGCAGUGACCGGCUUCAGCCUGGAGGGAAGUUGGGGGGGGAAGCUAGGGAAGUUGCAGGGAACAGUGUUCUCGCAGUGGGGACAGCAGACCUAAGCUGAGGGACCCAGAGCUGGGACUGCAGAUUGUUCAGCAGCCUAAGCUAGGACGUAGAUGUGAAUAUUAAAAGGCCUCGCUAAGCCUCCAUCCUGCACAGAAUGGAGAGUCAUUGCAAAGAAGUGAAGCCCCAGGGUCUCGUUGGAGAAUGGGUCCCAGAAUGAUUCUGAGACAGCAAUGUGGAACAGCCUGGGAAUGGGAGCAAAUGCAGAGACGGCCAUAGCUUGGCCCCACUGUUGGGUUUAUACUGUAGGCCAAACCCAGGGCCUCACUCAUACUAGGUAAGUGCUCUACAGUAGAGCUCUAUCCAGCCUUGGAUUUCUGAGGCAGCCUCUGUGUAGCUCAGUCAAGCCUGCCUCAGCUCCCGAGUGCUGGGAUUACUUACGGGUGUGUACUUUGCUCCAUACUAGUUUUUAUUAAGUGGACUGCGGUCCUGUUCUCUUUACUCACAUUGUUUAGACCUUAUUCCCCACAGUGUUGUAAGUCUAGGACCCUGCAUUGUGGUCACAACCCAGAUCAGCAGUUCUCAACCUGUGGGUCACAGCCUUCUGGUGGUGGCACAUCAGAUGACCUGCGUAUCCGAGAUUUAUAUCACGAUUCAUAACAGUAACAAAACGACAGUUAGGAAAUAGCAACCAAAUGAUUUUAUGAUUAGGGAUCCACAACAUGAGAAACCAUAGGGAAGGGUCGCAGCAUCAGGCUGAGAACCACUGCUCUAAGUGAGGCCAAACAAAAGACUGAGCCAAGAUCCAACCAUGAACUGCUUCCUGUUGGACUGAGUCUUCAAGCUACAUUGUCACACAACCAGUCGGCUUAACCACUGUCUAAGGUUGCACAUUCUCAGAGCAGGCUCCCUCAGCUGCCCUGGAGCCCUCCCCCAGGCUUCAAGUUGCUAAGCUUCCCGUUUGAGUACCCUCAGCUCCUUUCCCUUUAAUCUUUCCUUAACUAUUUGUUCUACAUUAGUCUGGGUUUAAGGUGUGGCCUGCAAUAAAGGCUGAGGCACUGGAGACUGCAUUGUGUUCUGUGGAGAGCUGACUUCUGAGGCACAGCCCCUACCGUACUUGAAAUUCCUAAUUAUGAAAACCAUUUUCAUAUUUCACUGCUAAGUGCCCUUCCUAUGCUGUGAGUAACUGUCCUGUUUAGAACAGGGAUGUUCUUUUUGGGAGAGCAUGUGUGUGUAUGCAUGUACCCCCAGUGUAUCCAUGUGUGGAGGUCAGAGGUCAGCAUCAGUCUCCUCCUAUGUUGCUGUCCACCUUAUUUUUAAGACUGAAUCUCUCACUGAACAUGGAGUACAAGAAUUUGGCUAAACUGGCUGGCCAAGCCCCUGAAGUCCUUUUUGCCUCCCCACUGCUGGAAUUACAGGCCUGCAGCCCUACUUCCCCUACUUUUUAUUUAGAUGCUGGGGAUCCAAACCUAGAUCCUCAUGCAGAUUACCUACUGAGCUAUCUCCCCAGACCCCUAGGACCGGGAUUCUUACCUUCUGCACCACAGAGCUUUUGGAGAUCUUAUGGAGUCCUUGGACCCCUCUCAGAAUUAUGAUUUCAUAUGUAGAACACUAAAUAUGAAGGAUUAUAAGGAAACUAACAUAGUGCUAAUCAAAGUGUUUUCAGAACUUUGAUGUAGUUAUAUAUGUGUAUAUAUAUAUAUAUAUAUAUAUAUAUAUAUAUAUAUAUAUAUAUACAUUCACCCAGAACAUCAAAGGGUAGUUGUAACACUUCUUUGAUCUCAGUAUUUUUUUAUUACUAUUAAUUAACAUCUACUGCAGUGUGGACUCUGCUGGUGAUGAUGUCACAGGCCUGCUAUACUCCAGUUCAAAUCUAGUGAACACUUGAAUUAGCUUUUUCCCCAACCAAGUUCACCUAAUCCCCGCCCGAGGGUGGUCUGAGUUUGACGUAUUAGGAGGAAGUUGUUUUAGUUUGCUUGCUGGGUUCAGGUUAUCGACCGACCCGACUCACUGCAUCUGCGUGAGCUUUCUACACCUGAACUGUUUGCAGUGUUAGCCGCAAUUGAGGGCUUGGGUAGAAAGGAGUCAGGAACUGAUUGGAAAAGAAGGAUUUCAUCAGAAGCUCGUGGUAGUGAUGCUUUCCCUGGGGCAACAUGCCUCUUAAGUUCAUAAUGUUCAACUGCAUGGACUCUAAUAAAAUUUGCAACAUCUGAAUGAAGCAAGUACCUAAUUAGAUAAUUCACAAUAGGCUUUGCUUUUAGAAGACUUGUAUCUCACAGGAUCUUGUCUUCAGUCUUCUUUCUCAGCUUAGCUAUUUUGGUGGCUGAAGAAUCCUUCUAACACCCCUGCAAGGAGAGCAGAUGGACCAGACCCUCUCCAUCUUGACAGUACAGUCUGGGAGGUAGGUUGUGUGUGUGUGUGUGUGUGUGUGUGUGUGUGUGUGUGUGUGUGUGUGUGUGUGUGAAGUGCUGUAAUUCUAGGGCUGUGGAAAGUACCUGGGGGGGGCAAUAAAUGCUGAGAUGGGGGUCAGGCCAUUCUUCUAGACAGUUCGAUGCUCUGGGGCCCCUGUAAUUGGGGUACCCAUUUAGUUAGAUGCUUCUAACGCUGUGCCUAGCUCUCAAGAACAUCUCUCUGCCUGGAGACAGACUUAUUCCAUUCUGCCCCCAUUGUUUUGAUGAGACAACUGAGGCUAAGAUUGGUGCUGCCUUCUUAGAUAGUAACUUGAUAGUGAAAAGGAAAACUGGGGCUGUCUGACUCAAGGCAGGUGUCCUAUGUCCAGUGGGUCUCUCCUGGCUUCAGCAAAUUAAGAUGUGGCCAGAAGCUAAAGAAGGAAAGGCAAGGGAGGUAUGAUACCCAAGGCUCCCUGGAAGGAGGCAGACUCAGAAAGGUAGAGGAAACCUACAGAACUCCUCAAGCAGAUAACCAAGCACAAGCCAGCCAGCCCAUAUGGCAGGCUGCUGAGAUGAGCGUUGGUGGUUCGUACCUGUUACUCUGUCAUUAGGGAGCUGCGGCAGGUAGGUCACCAUUCAAGGGGAGUCCUACACCUCCCAGAAGAGGGAUCCUUCUCUGGCCUUUACAGGCACUAGGCACACACAUGGUGCACAGACAAACAUCCAUGCAGACAAAACACACACACAAUAAACAAACAAAUCAUAAAUAAUGUUUUUUAAAGGAACAAAGGGACUGGAGAGAUGGUUCAUUGGUUAAGAGCACUUGCUGCUCUUGCAGAAGAUGUUCAGUUCCCAAUACUCAUGCAUCCUAUAACUCCAGGGGAUUUCACACUCUUUUCUGGCCUCUAAGGCACUGCAAACAUCUGGCACACACACACACACACACACACACACACACACACACACACACACACACACAAAUAGUCAUUAAAAAGAGGGAGAGGAGAGGUAGAGGGAAUCCACAGCCAAAGCAGUAGCUGUCCAGCACCAGUAUCACGUUACAGAACUUCAGGAUUAUCCAUCUACUAAUGAACACCAUACUGGGUCCUACCCUACUACGUCUGCAGCAGCAUGGACAUCCAUAGCAACCUCUUGACCUCCUCAGGCUAAUAGCAACAGCGUGGAGGUCUUCAGCAAGUAUUUCUACAACGCCUUCGAACAUUGUAGAAUAGGGUUCAGCUUUCAUAGUUUUCUGAGCACCGAUGAGCUGUUGCUUAGGGCCAGGUAACUGAGAUACCCUGCUUGCCCUGGGGUAAAGCGGGCUUUCCAUUCUGCUGGCCCUUUUGGACUCAACCUGCUUGAGUCCCAUUGCCUGGCUGGCAGCCAGCCCAUCCCAAUGGCCUACACCUCAACUACAGGAAGAAAGGACCCAGAAAGGAAGAAAGAUUUUUAUUUCCCUGCCUCUGGGCCCCUGCUGUGGACAUAGCCUGCCUUUUAAAUCCUGAGUGAUUGUGCCAUCAUCAAGUGAUGCUGAGACUGUAUGGGGUGGAGCCCCAGAAAAAUAUAUCUUCCUAUAGAACAGAAAGACUCAUGAGUCAAUAAGGGAAAAAAAAAGCACUUGUUGAAAAUUGAGCAGCCUAUGAGCAGUGAACAAGCAGUCCACUAGAGGCGAAAAUCCUCCAGAUGGUGCAUUCUUAAAAGCCAACAGUGGAGGGAGGGGCCUUCAGGCUCUGGUCUGUAGUCUGAAAUGAGGCCUGCCUGUGGGAAGGAGUAUCAGGAUGGUUCAGCCAGCUGAGCUGCAACCCUAGCUCUGUCCUUCAGAUGACAGCCUUGAGCAAAAUGCCUUUAGACCUGUUCCCUCAUUUGAAAAAUGGCGAUGGGAUGGCCUGUAUCCUAUUGGGGAAGACAAGGUGGGUUAACUUACAGAAAGCAAACCACACAGCAGACAGGGACAGUAGUAAGCGCUCAGAAAAAUGGUACCCUUGGAGCAGUGGGAGAAUAACCAGACGUAAGUCAAACAAUCACCUUGUCACAGGAGCCAGCCCGGCAGAUGUUGGAAGACCUCUGGGUUUCGAGGGCUGAGGAAAGGGUCUCUUACCGUUUACACAGUGCUGACUAGCCUUGAAGAGCAGCUUUACAGCACCUGAGACAUCGCAGCUGCCUACAGUAGGACUGGAGGGGCAAGAGGCCAAGCACAUAUACUAAGAUGAUCCGUAGGACCCCUGCUGCCCUUCCUUCAAGGGUUCCUGGCAGAGCCCUGGAGAAAUGGGAUUCUUCCAGUCAGACAUGGCUAUACCUGCAUUGAAGGAGUCCAAAGGAGGAGGCAUCGAACAGGAUGAGGAGUAUCCUGAUAAAGGAACACAAAGCUGAUGUAUCAGAAUGUAGUUCAUAUCUGUCGUCGCAGUACUUGGGAGACAGAGGCAGGAGGAUUGCCAUGACUUGGAAACAAUCUUGAACAAUAAAAACAAGAGUAACAGCAAUAUGUACAUACAAACCUAUGUACGUACAUACAUACAUGCAAUCAUGCAUGCAUGCAUACAUACAUACAUAUAAAGGGACACUAAAGAAUCAACAGUCCAUGGAAGUCGAAGACCAAAGGGCAUGUGUUGGUCCAGGAAUGCAUUCUACUCUCCACUCUGACAUCCAUGGUAGGCAUUACUAAUCAAUCAUAGACCCUGACCUCAACAUCCUUUUGAAAUCAUGUUCCUCAUGGUCUCUACUGUAGUUGGCACAAAAGAAGAAAUCUAGGUAGCACCUUUAGUUUAUUUUCGUCCCCUUCGGCCUUUUCCUUUUCAUGGCUUACCAGCCUGACUUGCAACUGCCAUUGGCCUCCCUUUGCCUCCCACAGGCCAGUGAAGCUAGGGAUAAGGGGAUCGCCAGCAGACUCAUCCAAUGGCUGGCAGCAUGGGCUAAGUGCUCCAGUUCCCUCAGGUGCAUCUUCCCCAGUGUCCCCAAAUGCCUCACAGAAUCUAGGUGCUGCCCCAUAUCAGUGAGCAGUGUCUUCUUCACCCCAGCUCCCUCACUCCAUACCAGCAUGUCCGGGAUCCUUCCCUUUGAGACCCACUGACUUCUAUUCUUGUCAGAGGGCCAAGCUCUGAGAAACCUGCACUCAAGCACCCCUGCAUCUUCAUGCCUGUGAAGGGAAGGGUCUUUCCUGAGCCAUUGGCAAGGCCCUUGUAAGAACCAAUGCUUAGCUUGCCCAGCCCACUGACUACCUAUGGUCUUCAACCUCCAUGGUUUGGCAUUUAUUUCCCACCGCAAGAGAAAUGGCCCAGCAGGGGAAUCUCUGAUGGGAACGCCUGGACACAUGGAGGUAGGUACUACCCUUGGGGUGGGCCUCGGAGCAUCCAUACCUGCUUCCAGGACCUCUGUCUCCUCCACAGACUGCAUUGCUAAGGACUCUGCUCCAUGCUGGGAUAGAAGGUAUUCUGGAAAGCAGCUAGCGCCCACCCAGAUACCAUCUCGAAAACGUUAAAAAAUGUACCUCUCUAUGCUUUUAACAAUGCUAAUGUCUAUGCCUCUCUUUUAUUUAUUAAUGUAUGUAUGUAGGGGGAGGGGUGCGCGCAUGCGUGUAUGGAGUCAGGACAACUUUGUGGAGUAGGCGUUCUCCUUGCACCUGUACCUGGGACUGGAAAGAAGGUGCUCAGGCACCUUUACCCACUGAACCAUCCUGCUGGCCCUCAGAAGUACAUAUCCUUCUGGCUUAGAUCACCUACUUAAUGAACGUCCAUCAGUGAGAAAAGGAACUUGGCCUUCUAGCCACUGAACCAAGACUCAUGGCACUUCUGCCUGUGGCUUCCUUCUGCCGGGGGAGGGUGUAUGUGUGGGUGGGGGUGGGGGAUGGGGUGGGUUGGGAUGGGGUGGGGGUGGAGGUGGGGGUGGGGGUACCUGAGUCUGUUGGUGCAGAGGAGGAAAAGCGUGCUAAAGCCCUGGUUCAUCUCUCCCACGUAUAGCGUGACUCGAAGCACAAACAGCAGCUUGUCAUCUGUGGAAUGGGAAGUGUCCCUGUCCAACUGCAACCUAGGGAGACACUUGGCUGCCCCUGGUGACAAGGCAGAGGACUCUACACUGAGCUCUCCUUGUUCCACAACAGUUCCUGGAGAUGAGUGUUGGAGCCAUGAACAAAAUCUGCCCACAGAUGCCGAGAGCAACAUGACCACUGGAAGGAAAACCCGCCCUGGAGGUGAAGGCUGUGGCCCCCUCUGCUACUCACGCCGCGGGGCCUGCCUUUCUGUCUUCCUGCUGCUUCUGCUGGCCAUGCUUGCCGCCUUGCUCUUGAUCGUCACCAUCCUGGGACAUCCACAGCGCACACCAGAGCCUCACUCUUGUGUGACACUGGCCAACAGGACGGGGUUCUUGUGCCAUGACCGAAGGUACUGCAUCCCGGCCCAUGCCGUGUGUGAUGGCAUCCGCACCUGUCCUCAUGGUGAGGACGAGGCUGAGAACUUGUGUCGAGAUUUGCCCAAGAGCCUCCCCAGCUUCCUCCUGACCACCUGUGGAAACCCAGACUCCUGGAUCUACUCAGACCAGAAAUGUGAUGGCACCAACAACUGUGGGGACUGCUCAGAUGAGCUGAGCCCAGGUGGGGGCUGGGCACAGUGACUGCGUGCCCACCCUGUGGCCCUGGGUGGUGGUAUUGCACUCCAACUGUGUUCAGGUACUGCAGCUGUGUCCCGAGGGUCCUGUGCCGGGACGGAGUGCAGCACUGCUCUGACUGGUCCGAUGAGUACUCCUGUCCUGGACCCUGAGUGAGCCUCAUGGUCUGGGUCAGCAUGGAAGCUGGCACCCGGAACCUUAGACCGGAGCACCGAAGCCUACACCACAAGGGCAGGAAGAAACCUUUGUCAUCCACCAGUGGCACCUAGCCCCCAUGGUCUCUGAACAGGAAUUCAAGUGUCUCAGCCUCCACCUGAGCACUUCCAAUGACACGGAGCUCACCACCAUGUUAGGCAGAUUCUAACAAAGAUGAGGCGGCCUCCUCCAUCACUUUAGGCCUGUCAAUGAGACCACAGGAGAAAUGCUCCUUGACUCCAGGGCAGACUUGAAGUCCCAAUCUUGUCAUUCCUGGAAGAGACAAAUGUGUGGCUUAAAUACCAAGUGAGUUUAGCCCUGUGGGUAGAAAACAAAGCACACACAUUUACCACCAUUCGGUGCCUAAGGCAGGAACUCAAGGCCCCUGGAGCUUCUUGCCCAACUCACCAGCAGCCCCGACUGAUCACAUGAGGUUGCACAUGGCACUUGGGACCUGGAAUCUUUCUAGUUUCCCAGUAUCCUAGAGGCUUGUGGCUGUGGAGUAGAAGACCCAGAGACAGUGCAGCUUAGAAGAACCCCUCUAUGCCUUUAGUCUUAGCCUCUGCCUUGCUUCACCCCACAAUUGCCUGCAGGUUUAUAUUUUGGUCCUGCAGCCAGGACCUAUAUACCUUGCAUAUCUUCUAGCUUUACAACACCCACCCAGGCAAGGAUGGGUGUGCUCAUUAGACAGAUGAGGAAACAGAGGCCUAGGGGAUGACUUGCCCAGGGUAUACUCUGGAACUGGGACUCAAAGUCAGUCUGCAGAACUCUGACCUCAGGGUCUUCCCCACUAUUAAUGGGGAAGAGAGAUGGGCUAGAGAGAUGGCUCAGCAGUUAAGAGCCAUGGCUGCUCUUCCAGAGGUCCUGAGUUCAAUACCCAGCAACCACAUGGUGGCUCACAACCAUCUGUAAUAGGAUCUGAUGCCCUCUUUGGGUAUGUCUGAAGACAGCUACAGUGUGCUUAUAUAAAUAAAAAAAUAAAUAUUUAAAAAAAA